GUAUCGAAAUCCCCGCACCUGUUUCAAUUCGAGUUCGAGUCGGAGUGAAAAGAGAUAAACAAUAUAUUUCCCGAGGCUAGGGUUCUUGCAAACAAUGCACUUGCCUAAACUGGUGAAUCAUCUUCGGAACUGCAGCACCUACGAGAAAUUUCUUAUCAGACUGUAUAUCGUGACAGACGCUUGCGAAUAAGACAUAGUGCGCUAUGCCAGCCUGAGAGAGCUCUCUCAGAGAGGAUUCAAAUUUCAGUCGUAUCGGGGCAGUAAUCGUAGUUCGUUGGAGAAUUGUCGCGCAUCCGAACGUACUCUUAAUACCGUCACGUCAAUGCACUCGAGUGUUAAUUCUAAUUUCUAUCGAAGAAUUACAUAAUGUAUGUGCAUGAGUCACAGGGUGAAUAGGGGGGACGUGCAAACGUCAAAAUCGUGCUGCACCGAUUUUGUUGCAUUUUAGCUUGGAUCUCUGCAAGAACGUUCAAUAGGAUUGCAUUUACGAUGAACUGGAAACAUUAUGCGACUUACCAGUGAACAGGAAGACUACCACUAAGAAAUGGCAAUUUUCAAAUUGAAAAUACUAAAGCGUAGGUGCAUGAUUUCAUAGCUGUGGAAACUACCAUCAUUUUAUUGUAACGUGUGGCCAGGUAUUUGUCAAUUGAACAAAGUAACUGUUCAUAUUGUACUUAUUACUGAAAAAUGCCAGCACCACCUCCACCUCUCUCAAGUUUGCCAGAGGCACCUAUGUGUGAAAAAACUGAAGUCAGCGAUGCAGACUCCCUGCCUCCUUGGGCCAAGAUUACCCUUACAUCUGCUGAGGCAGAAAUUGAAAAGCUGAUAUCCCGAAAUGAACUGAAAGAUGCAGAAGUCACAUAUUUUUGUCAAGUUGAACCAAUUUUGCAAGACGGACCACAAUGUGGUUUAGUAGCACUUGCUAUGGCAUCGCAAGAAUACACAAAACCAGUUUCUGUGAGUCAACUCCUAGCCGAAGCUCGUGUAAGGGGUUUUACACAACAUGGAGAAGUGUAUAGUGUUGAUUUUAUGGGCACACUAGCAGCUGAAUAUUUGCCUGACCAUAGACCAGAUAUCUUAGUGGAUUUACAGCAAUGCCCAGACACAUUGACACAUGCUUUGGCUCAUGGUGCAAUGGUACUAAUUCCAUACGAUUCUGAUUUCAAUCAUGCUCCAUGCUUAAAAAGAGGCCAUAAAGCUCAUUGGGCACUACUUGUGGGUCUAAUUUCAUCUAGACAAGGAUAUCAUGUCUUAGCGCGUCAUGGAAAAUCACGUCAUUUAGCUUGUUGGCCGUUACGCGAUUUAAUCGAGAGCAAUGGCAAUUUGGAAGAAGAAGGAACAGCUAGACAUGCUGGAGGAUACGUGAUACCAAAAGGAGGAGUUGGUGGUCAGAGAGGUUUGCGUGGUAGGGCACUGGCGUUGCACCCAUACAUAUAAGAUCUUGUACAAGAAUUGUAGGUAAUUAAUAUCACAGCGAAAGACAGAAAUUACUAUUAUAAUAUUACUGUAUCCACAUUACAGUAUAUGGUAAAUAUUCAAAGGCAUAACGUUUGCACAGCUGCUACGGAAUUUAAUUACUUGUAAAAUCGUAUUGCUUUUAAGUAACAUGUGUUUUAACUCGCAAUGCAUUUUUUGAUCAACAUUUGAAGGAAGUAUUAAGAUUCCCAAAAAUUCGGCAUUAGAUGUAAUAAAUUGACGAGAAUAUCAUUUAUUGAGUUCUAACAUGCAAUGUAAAUAAUGAUUUAUUAUGUACGUUUGACUUUACAUGCACCUGACGGUUUGAAAGAUUCUUUCUUUCGUUGUUUCGACGUAUCGAGCUUUUCCUGUGGUGCGACACGUGCUAAGUGCAAGUAUAAGAAAAUAAAAUGGGCAUGUAUACGUGCAUGAAAGAGACAAACGUGGACGAGGAGAAAGAAAAGUCUAUAAAGAAUAUCUGCAUAAAAUAAAUAUCUACGUGUAUUAGCUAGGAUUUAUUGGGAUCGUAACACUAGCUGGAACAAAAAAAAAACCAAGUAUAUUUAUUUAGCGAAGAAACUGUAGGUUUUCGAUCAAUAAUUAUGAAUCUUUGUUUUAUCUUAACAUUGUGAAUAAAGACUAAAUCUAUCUAUA